GCCCUAUAAAACAUCCAUCUCCACCUCAGGCUCAUCAGUCUCUCCAAGACCAGCAUCAUCAACAGAUCCAUCAUGAGGUUCGUGGCUCUAGCACUGACCAUUCUUCUGGCCGCAGGUUGCCAGGCCCGCUACAUGCAGGCAGAUGCACCAACUGACUAUGAACAGAUUAGGUCUGCAGUUGUGACAUACCUGGGUCAGGUGAAGGAGACAGCUCAGAAAGCCAUCGACCGUCUUGAUGAUGGUGACUACAAGGAAGUCAAGGAGCGCCUCACCCUGUCCCUGCAAAGGAUCCAAGGCUACCUUGAGGCUGCUUCUACCUCCCUUGCUCCAGUCAGAGAGACCAUCGGUCCCCAAGUAGUGGAAGGCGUCAUUGCUCUCCGCGCCAAGGUUGAGAAAGAUGUUGAGGAUCUGCGCAAAGAGCUGGAGCCCAAGCGCGAGGAGCUGCGCCAGGUGGUGAAGAAACACCUCGAUGAGUACCGUGAGAAGCUGGAGCCCCUGAUCAAGGAGUUCACAGAAAAACACCGUGAGCAGAUGGAGCAGCUCCGCGUCAAGAUGGAGCCCGUGAUGAAGGAUCUGCAGGAAAGGAUCAAGACCAACCUGGAGGAGACCAAGUCCAAGCUGACCCCCAUCGUGGAGGUCCUGCGUAGCAAGGCAACCGAGCGCGUGGAAGAGCUGAGGCAGUUUGUCGCCCCCUACGUCCAGGAGUACAGAGACCACGCACAAAGCGUCUUCGGACAGCUGCAGUCCAAGUACGAAUCUGGAGAGCUGCAAAAGAAGCUGGCCACCGUGGGAGAAGAGAUCAAGCCCCAGCUGGAGAAGAUUGUGGAAACCCUCCAAAAGGCCUUCAUGGCAUAAACCUUCUUAUCCUACACCUCUCCCACCAAAUCACAGCCUCUUUCAACCCUUUCCUACAUUUCCAAACCCUGUUACUAACACCAAGUCUGUAAGGCUUUAUCAUACAAAAGGACUCUUUCCAUCACACACUUACUUACUCACACCACGCGCUGAUGCAGCAAAGGACUUUUACUGCCUGUCUUACAAUUGGCCAAGCUUUUGAUGACACUUAAAGCAAACACAUGCUUAAGUAUAUGCAAGACCUGUUUUUGUGCAACAUUCUUUAACGCCUGGCUAAAAAAUACCUUUCGCUGUGCUUCUGUGUUGUUAAAAAGUGUGCCAAAACAAUGGCUCAAUAAAAAUAGACUGUUUCAUACAA